AAUUACUGGAUUUGAUCACUAUGAACCCUUUACAAUAACAUUACCUGUUGAAUGUGAAACAGCAGUAAUGAAUGGAUUGAUCUGACAUAUAUUGAAGCUUUGCCUGCUGCACUGUGUUUGCCAUAAAUUCAUGAAAACGUGCUAAACCAUAAUAUUAGGGGAGUUUUGGUGGAGGAAGCGAAGAGGAAACGGCGACGCUGUGUGCGUGAAAAAGAGGAAGUGUUACACUCAAGGCUCUGUUAUUCUGUCUGUGAUGAUCAUUUUUGAUUAAGUGUUAACUUUGCAAAGUAGAAGGAUGGGUAAUGGGGAAUCCGUGAUUGAAAAUAAUGUAUUGGAAGUUGGAAAUGUAAUGAGGGGAAUGUUAAAUCAUUACAUAAAGGUUGUGUGUGUGUGAGGAAGUAUGUGUGUGGCUAUAAGUAUAGUUAACGGUGUUGAGCUGAGGUCAUGAGGAAGUAUUAAAGAACAGAUCAGGUCAGCUUAAGGGGAAGAGGAAAGGCCGUACCUCGGCCUCGAGAACAGGAAGGUUAUUUCGUAACGAAGCAUUAUGAAAUGCUUGACAGUCGGUUAUUAUCCAGUGAAAGGAGAGAUUGCUGAAAAGAUGCCCUAAUAAGGACCAAAAACUGAGCCACUGUCCAAAGUGAGAGAGUGGACUGAAGUGCUUUCUUCCUCUCGCUGCAGCCUCGAAACAACACCUGAGACGGAGCACACGAGCAGCUGAAACAUCGCAAAAAAAGAUUUCAAUCUUCAGCAGCAACAAGCCAAUGGAAUAAGAGCACAACAGUAACUUUUUUAUCAACAAACUGUGGAUUAUAAUUCGGACACUGGGAUACUAUUGUUCACUCUGCUGGCAGGAAGUUUCCACUUUGAGGAAGUAUACGAGACCUCGGCCGGCGUGGAGAUUUACCUCAAGAUCUUGAUCUUUCAGCAGGAGGGGAGAGGCCAGCGCCACGUUGGGCCAUAACCAUAAUUAGACUUUGUUGUUACGCCUUGCAGGAUGGAGUACGCUGUAUCAACUGUGGAGCCGAUCCAAAGCAGGCCCAGUACCUCUGGAAUGAAGACCUGGUGUGCCCUCGGCUCUGUGUCUUGAGUUGGACAUCAAGGGUAAAGUGAUUUGGAAUUCUGCAGCGACCAUAGCAGACGAGGACGAGGUGAUCGAAAGGCGCAUACCGCCCCGUACACGUAAGGAUGCGGGAAUACAAGGACGGGAGCCGAACUGCGACUUCGCAUUUCAGUAGCAGGAUGAUGAUAGCAUUGGGUCAUCGGCUACCAGCACGUCGUCCUCCUGCCCGGAGGUGCAAGGCCGACUCAUCCACAUAGAUUGGUUUACCAAAGCCCUAAAAAUCCAACCUAGCCCUUUACAACGGAGAGCUGGUCCAGUGCCUCCUGGACAGAGGCAAACUCGGCAGGAUCUGACAGGAUCUUUAACUUUCCUUCAUUUGUUUGCUCAGACACAUUGUCUGACAUUAAAGGGAUAGUUCGUGUUUUUUGAAGUGGGGGCCGCUCCAGCCCAGACACUCAGCUUUGUACUGCAGUGAACAGGGUCCAGAGAAAAAGUGAAAUAAACCACCUAAAACAAGGCUCACCUUAAAAAAGUGUACACUGUAUAGGGAAAAUCGGCAUUAGACCUGCAUUUCUUUUGGCACUACAUUUUUGUCAACCGUAGAACCUCCGUAUCCCAACGCAGCUGCACUAAUGCGUACACUUGAACUGUUAUAGAUUUUUUAAGGUGAGCCAUGUUUUAGGUGGUUUAUUUCCCUACACUGCAUUACAUUCAGAGGUGUUUCUAAUAAACUGGCACGCUUAUGUAUUUAAAUAGGAAGGCCAAAAAAACCCCCAACAUCUUUAACUGUGACCUAUAAAUGUAGCGGAAUUUUAGAAUAAAUAAGUAUUUCAGAAUAAAAUAAGAAAUAAAGAUAGAAUCUAUGGCAGAGAGGUGAUUGCAAUGGCCGCUGAGCGUGCACAGAAACUCCAGUGAAGUCGUCUUUUUUUUCCAGGGGCUUGUAUGAUAAACUUUAAUGCCAAGCUUAUGGUUAUCAGCACUUUAUUCCCUUGAUAACACUGUGUAGUUGAUAGAAAUCUAUUACCUGUUUACUUUCAACUCUGAAAUAAGCUGCCCGAGGAAGUGUGAGCAGAUGUUGUUCUCUGGAGCUUUCUCCUAGAUAUGUUUUUUGUAAAAAUAUGCAAUAAUUUAUGUUGAAAAAUGAAAACAGGUUUAUUUCAAAGCUAAACUGAUUAAAGCUGCACCCACCUUCCUCUUCCUCUGAUUGGCUGGUACUCACUGCCUUCACCUGACUGGCUUACCCUGAUAUUCUGACCCUAACCUUGACCAAUCUCACUCCUCAUGUCUAAACCCUAAUCAACACAACCAAUGAAGGCAGCCAAUCAGAGGCAGAUUGGGGUGGGUCUUAGCAAAAUAAUAAAAAAAAAAGCAUUGUGAUCUUUUAAGAACACAGUACUAGGACUCCCUCCUUCCUAUGUGAGGCAACUCUAGCAGUAGGCUGCUGUUGUGAUCUAUAAACAACACAUAAUGACUUCCUGCGCUCAUGUAUCGCACCAGCAGACUUGUAUAGAUGAGCUGUGCAGUCGCUCCUUCCUCUCUCUGUGCUCAUCUUUUACCAAACACAGUCGGCCCCCUCAUCUCCUCCGUGCAGGUCCUCUUUAGUGUAAUCUGAGGACACGCUGCUCGUCCACGCAAAAGAGAGAGUGGCUCCCUCCCGGGGAGGAGCCAUAAGUGUUUUCCUCUAGGCUGUGGGAUGGAUACUCCAGAGACGCAAUCUGUUUUAGUGACGGCCCUGGCAAAGGGGCAGUGGAGAAGGUUCUAUGCGCACUUGGCGGGAGACACUAAUGGGACCCACGAACAGUUUGUUUCAUAUCUUAGACAGCUGCGUCAAGUAGAGGUGCCCUCUCCUGAACAAAGUGACUAUUUUGUGGUUUUCUGUCCUAUCGUGUCACAAGCGGAAACAGACUUCCGCGAGGUCCUGGAAGACAUUCCAGUUGGCAAACCAACAAUCCUGGUGGUGAUGCAUCACACCGUCGACCCUAACCAGGUUGUAGCUGAAAGCAGACGACUGGUGAACGACCCCAACGUGCACCUCACUGUGGACGUUCUGUUACACAAGGGCAAAAUCAUGAAGUGUGAGCAAAACCGAACAGUGUGGCUUGAGGUUGGAGCGUUCCUCGCAGAGUCUUACAGAGGUUAUGCCAAAAAGGUAAUGGCUAGUUUUACUGAUAUAAUGCAGCCAGGCUUACACAUAAUGAACUUCUCCUCUGAACUGACAGUUUUGUUACAAAGUACUGUCACUCAUAUUGUUGUCUUAUUGUCUUUCUGCUCACUACCUGGAAUGACAUCAUCAAUUGUAAGUAUGUCUGUAAUCAUGAACAAGAACAAUCAAGAUUUUAACAAGCCACAACAGUGUCAUCAGCUAAUGUUUUUUUCCAGGCACAGAUUUGACCAAUGAGACAGAGACUUAGAGAUUUAGUGCAGAUGUAGAGCGAUGGUGACACUUGUUUCCUCCUCUGCAGAAGUUUCUUUGAUGAAUGGGUCAAACUGAACACUGGUGGAAAUCUGUUGAAUCACAGAUUUGUGGUGCUGCUUCCACAGUGAACACCAUGGUAAAAUCGUUGUGUAAAUCACGCGAGAAAAAUAAAAAUGACUGGCCAAAACUCUGAAAAUAAAAACUGAUUGUAAGGAGACCUUGAAUUUUUCUCAAGUUUCCUGCAUGGGGAAAUAACGACAUUGCUAUAAUUAUUCGAAAAUGUGAACAAAAAAUGUUUUGGAUUGUUUGAGUCGCAUAUAAAUCUAUGUCACUUAUUCCCCUCUUUGUUUAUUUUAGGGUUGAUGGACCAUCAGAUGCUGAUUAUUGUAAUGGUAACUAUGACUGCUCUUAUUUUUGUGGGGGUAAUUUCAGUAAUGACAGUUGCACUAUUGUAGAAACUGGAGCUCUAAGCAGAUCUGUGAGGGCUGUCACCAGCAUGUGUGACAAAACCCAAAGGUAGCAGUUUACAGUAUUGUCACAAUAAAAGAUUCUUAAAGGGACGAAAUAAAUGUGCAAUGUAACGCAUGUGUAAUCAUCUGCUAAAAUGUAAUAAUGGAAGGAUUGUCGUUGUCGUUGUUGUGGGAUACUUAUGAUUACCUGAACAUAGUACAGGUGUCCAUGAUGGAAGGCUCUCAGUGAAUGACUAUGUGAAAAAGAAGAAAAGACAUAGCAUUUUUUUCAGGUCUGUAUUAAAACAGUAAUGAUGUGCCCAAAUGUACAUUUAAAGGUGCACUAUGUAGUUUUGGUGAAUACAUUUUAAUCAGAAAGCAAAGAUCUUCAUGUUUUUUUGUUUUUUUUUUGAUUUCCUCUCAAGAGUUUUUGGUCGAUGUCGCUGUUCCUCAUGUCUGUACUGACGUCAAAGGAAUCAAAGAGAUUUUGUGUAAGUGAUGGGGGACAAAUAAAUAAAUGAUAACAUCAGGCAUAUGACCAAAGUUACUUUGCAGCCCCAGUAAAUGUGCUUUGAGGUGCAGGUUUUAGAGCAUGUUCAUGUUUAAAUGUGUGUGUAGUAGAGUUCUGUAAGGUCCAGUCUUAUCAAGUUUCAAAUAAAGACAAAUGUUUUGUGUAAGAAUAAAGAUUGCUGCUCUGUGCUCAUGCAGAUAAAGUUUUUCAAGUCAAAAAGAAUAAAGAAAAAGGAAUGAAACUGA